AUGACGGCCGGAGCAGACGGGGAGGGCCAUGAAGCUCUUUUAAAUGGAGUUGGACAGGGAGAAGAUGGGAACGAUGCGGCCGACCUUCCUGCCAGCGAUGGAGAAGUAAUGCCUUCUGCAGCCACGCAUGCAGCUGAAGACGAAGGACCACAAUUGCAUACUAGUUCGGCAGGGCAAGCACAUGAUUCAACUUUGAAACAGGAAAGAAGCUCAGAAAGAGGAACUGUAGGGCUAAUAAGUGACAAUGAGGAUAUUGAGCUCGCCGCCGUGGUUGGAGCAAACGGACAGCAACACGCUGUUCGCGGAGACCAGAUUGAAGCUGCUGCUUCUCACAACAUGAAGAGGGCAAAAUUUGAUGGUGUUCUGUCAAGCGAAAAAGCCAUGGUUGCAGAAAAUGCAGCAUCAAAGGGGGAACAAUUGCAACUAAGCACACAAGCACAAUCACCGCACGGCCCAUUGACAACGGCGGCAAAGGAAGAGCAACCACAGGCAGCACAUGACAUUGAAGGAGAAGCGGGUACUGGCAACACAGAAGACUGUGCACAAAGUGUAGACUCUCGUUGUAGGAAGGAUUUGGAUCGUUCGCAAGAGUAUGCUGUUCCAUUCGGUACUACCGCAGGCACCUUUACGAGUUUCAAAAAUACCUCCGCUGUAGCGCUUGCAUCAGAAGCUGCAGCUGCUUUGCUCUCUGCUGCAACGGAAAACGCUGUCGCAGCAAUAGAGACAGGAUGGAAGCCAAGUAGAGCACCGGAAGGACUUACAUUAACGCCGGACAGACGAACCCAGAAUGCUGGCGAGCCAUGCAGUGCUUCUGCAAACCCUUCCUCCCUCGAGAUUUUUGUGGAGGAGCGACGAUUUCCAGAUGCAACGAAACUCAACGACUUGCCUGCCGGUCUGCCUAGCGCAGAAAAGGGUGUGCCUGCAAGCGAAGAGGAGAAAGCUGAACUGCCUGCAUUUGCUGAUGAGGAGAACGUUGCGUUGUACAACGAGAUAAGGGAGAAGCAGCAGCUCUUGUCUCAACGAGGGACAGAUAUCGGGCAGAAAGCUGAGCGGAUAAUGCUCAUGCAGCAACAUUUGCAGCAGUUGAAAGUUGAGGCACUAGAUCUAGAAAAACUCGCUGCCGCAAAAGAAGCACACAUAAGCAGUGACAAACGCAUGGAGGGAAUAGCGAUCCGACAGGCCAGCAAGCUGAAGAGCGAGAUACAGCACCAGCAGCAGCACCAACUGCAGCUCCAGGCUCGGCUUACAGGACUUCAGAUCGAGAUAUCUAGAGGCCAGGAACAAAUUGAUUGCUUCAAGUUGCAAAUGAAGUGGAAUGAGGAAGAGCUAGCCCAGUGGCGUUCUGCUGCACACCAAAAAGAAGAGGACCUAGCGUGCAUAGCCGAAUUCAAGAAAAAAGACGAUAUGAGGGCUGCAAAGCUGAUGGCCCAGACGGAAAAGAUAUCUGUCGAGGUGGCUGAGGCGAAAAAGCGUCUGAAGGAGGAGCAGACUGCCGCCCGUGCGGCAAGGGCAGAAUUGCAGCGCUCAUUAGAAUAUUUUGCGGAGCAGCAGAAAGACAGAGCACUUCUGAUUGCUCAAGGAGAAGCAACGAUGGAAGAGAUGUGGAGGAGUGAUGCCCGGAUUGCACGAUCAACGCACUCAUUUGAGGAGACUCAAAGAAGGCUGACACAACAGAUGGAGAAGCUAAUGGCUGCCAGGGGCUUCGCGACGAGGCAGCAGAACCAGAACAAAAGUCUCCUGGGAGAAGUAACCAGUUUGGAGCAACAGCUGGCAUUGUGCAGGUCGAACUAUGCAAGCGCAGCGAUGGCGGUUGGCCAACUGACGGAAGAGGUCGCCGGCCUGAGAGGGCAACUAUCUGCUGCAUCAACUAGGGGGAAGACAGCUAAAGUACAACUAGUCGAGCUUCAUGAAAGCCUCGCUGAUCAAAAGCAGCGCCUAGAAGUUGCGAAUAAGAAGAAAGAGGCAGCAGAGAAAAAGUUGGCAAAAGAGCAGGAAAACGUUCGAUCUGCUGGGGAGGCAGGGGAGGCCAGAGAGGCUUUUCACGCUCAGGUAGCUGCAAGACUACAGAAGUUGCAGCAGAGGGUCAAGGCAAGCAGAGAUACCCAUUUUGGAGUUGCGCAGAAGCUUGCGGAGGAGAAGGCAGCACUGAAGAUGCAACGAGGUGCCUUGAGCAGCUCCAAAAGCGCUUUGAAAAGUCUCCAUGCCCAGCUCCAGCAGCACGAGGCGGAGAAAAGCAGACAACAAGAAUUGCUGUACUCUAUCGAUUUUCAGUGCCAAGCAAUGCAGAGAAAAGUCUCUCGUGUCUCAGGAUACAAAACUGCAGCAGAAACCAAAGCUCUACAGAAGCAGAUAAAGGAACUGCAAGCUGAGCUAGCGAUUCAGCAAGAAGAACAUUCGAUGCUUUCCACACAAGUUAGACACCUUGACAGUGAACUAAGGAAAGCGUAUCAAUCUUUCGCGAAGGCCGAUGAGGAGGAUAGUCGCUGCGCAAACAGCGUUGGAGACAUCCGCCUGGCUUGCGCAUCACUUGACCGAGAACUGCAAACUGUUAUCAAGGAAAAAGAAGAACUGGUUCUUGCAGAAUCUCUGAGGAAGCUUGAGAGAGCAGCUGAGGAGGAGAGGCGGAGAAUAGCAAGGGAAGCAGCAGAGCGAAGGUCGAAGAUCUCCGCUCUUGAAGCAAGAUACGAAAACCUUGUGCAGAGCGGCCAAACAACAGAUGGUGGAGGCCACUCCCAGGCAUACUACGUCAUCCGUGUUGGGCAGGAACGCGAGGAAUUGCAAAGAAAGGGUGCGGAGUUACACCGCAGGCUGCAGAACGCUACAUCCGAGGUACAAGGCCUUGAGGCUUCGCUUAGGGAUGUAUCUCUCUCUAACGGCCGCCUGCGCACGAAACUCCAACAAGAAAGCAGAAUUCUUAGCGUUUUACAGGAGAAGAAAGCGGAAAAAGAGGGAGCUUUGUUCUUCAGGAAUCACGUAGUUUUCGCGCAACAGCAGCAGAUCGGCGUUCUAAAGGAUUCUCUCGAAAGAGAGCAGCGUUGUCUCCACCAGACGAAACAGAUACAUCAAGGGGUUAUCGAAAAAUUACGGGAAGCAGAUGAGAAAAUGAGAAGCCUAGAGAAAGAGCGUCUCACUGUUGAUGAGAAGCUGAGGCGGUCGCAACAACUGAGGCAGAAGCUGCAGGCUAGCAUACAGAAGCGCCGACUAGCCGCCGAUAAGACAGACCAAUCCACAGAUUCGAUUCACGGAGGCGAAUUUUGCAAUGCAGAAAUCCACUUUCAUGCUGAAUGCCUUAAAGGCAUGCUGCAGAGCUUAUACCGGACCAUGGGAGUCAUAAGCAUGUACCUAGCUCCUCAUGCAAAAAGAGAUACUCACUGGUUCCAUGAUGUUUCUGCUGAGUACAUCCUGGCUGUAACUUAA